UACUUCGGUUCCAUCCUUCUAUCGACGACUUGUCAUGGAUGAUAUGCAGGGGAUCAGCAGCGCAGCCAUGUUAGUGUAUGGGUUCACCGCUUCUUUCAUGAGCGGAACCAUCGUCUUCCAGGUUCUCACCGACCUGACAUUCGGCUCUUCGCAAAAACGUUGCAACACUCUCGUUAUCUGGGUCCUCGACAUUAUCCACUCGGCGUUCAUUCUCUUUUCUCUUUGUGAUUAUUUCAUUACAUUCUCUGGUGCUGAGGGCAUGGAUGAUCAUAUCCCUUGGUCUAUUGCGCUGACCGUUGCCAUCACGAUGAUUCAAGCCCUCUUCAUACAGUACCUUUUCACAAGAGAACUCCAUAGAUGCAGCGACCGAAACUGGACUAUAACCGCUCCUAUCCUCGUUCUGUCCUUCAUCCAGCUAGUUACCUCGUCCGUCUCCACAUUUGAGAUGAUGCGACUCCAGAAAUUCUCUACUUUCCAUCAGCUUUAUCCUGGUUUGGUUUUUGCGACCAGUCUCUCCCUAUCAGUGGUGGUUAACCUCCUUAUCACGGGUUGGUUAUGUUACUUCUUGCGUUCAUUGCAGCGAGAGUUUGGCUUGCCAUCCGAAAUCAUUGGUAGGGUGAAAUACUACACCCUUUCAUGCGGCUGGUUCAUAAGUAUAACAACCAUCGGUGCAUUGCUUUUCUGGGUUGCCUUGCCGACAGAUCCAGCGUGUUUUCUUGCUCUGUACCUUGUCAUCGGGAAACUAUAUGUCAUUUCAUUCCUAGCUGUGCGUGCUUCGCGUACACAAAUCUUGGGAUUCCGCGGGGAGAGGGAGGGAUGGGGCGAGCUCUUCAUUCUUCGAUCAAAAAAGUCUGGAACUGAGAUUCCGAAUGAGCCCCUGGAUGGAAUGUUUGUGUAUUAUCCCAAGGAGAAUGUACAGCAGGUCGAGGUGAUUGUCAAGGAAACCUUUGACUAUGGAAAGCGCUUCCAUGGUGCUAGUAAAGAAUACCAUUCGCAGUACUUGAGUGCACCCCGCAAGCCUACCCUAGCGGUGUGACUUCAGCAGUAUUGACACAUCCUGUUAACUGGUCUUGGGUGCCAAUUUCGUGUCGGUUUCUGUUCCUUUCCUUCUUUUGUUUCUAUUCUCUCGUUUGCUCGUCUUAGCUUUGAAUUCCCGUUGCUAUCGUUGAUCGUAUCAGCUAUCGUCUAUAUCCCUCAUUUAGCUAUUGUGCCCAGUCCUUCUGUCUUGCAAAAUAUCUUUAGUGUUGUCUUUCGUCAGUCUGUUGCACAUCGGAAUGGACUCUUCAAGAGGCACCAUGUAAUUUGGUGGCGACAAGGUCAAUGUUAGAUAUCUUUCAC